UGGCCAAGUGCAUGCGUGUACGGGUAGUACAUAGUGUGUAUGUACGUGUACUUACUUUGUACUUUGCUUUGUGCUGCCGGCCUGUACAGUAUGCAUGUACUGUGGCGUAAUUCGGUACCUGCCCUACUUGGGAGCGCCACUGCUUCAUUGACGCCGUUGUCUCGACUGCAGCCAGACUCCACUCUACACCGCGUUCUUCGCUAUGCCUCUGCACCUAUCUCCACCAUUCCUUAAUCCCUCCACACCUGUUGGCGAGCCUGAGUCUUUUGACCAUCGUUGAAGGGCUGGACCCUGCGACUGGAAACUACACCUCUAUCUAUCCUCCCCGUCUCCCCUCCACCGCUACGCCACUAUCAACCAAUAUCCACGCAAUCAUGGCGUCCUCUUCGGCCACACGACCCAAGAUAAUACGCAAGGGCUCCUCACACCGAUCUACCCUUUCUCUGCAUCGCACCGAGAUUAUUAUCAAUGUUUACGAUCUUCUACCUCCCGGCAAAGUAUCAACCAUCCUAUGGGCUAUAGGCAGCUCUCUCCUACACACUGGUGUCGUUAUCAACGAUAAGGAAUACGCAUACGGAGGUCACGAUCAACGCGGUGUGACUGGAGUAUAUUACACAAGACCCAAACAAGAACCUCCAGGUGGGACCUGGAGACAAUCAGUCCUCCACGGAUUCUCGUUCCGACCCGAAGAAGAGGUAAAGGCUAUCAUUUUGGAGGCGUCGAACGAGUUUCAGGGAACUUCCUACAAUCUCCUCACGAGGAACUGCAAUCACUUCACUUCUUACCUCUGCGAGAAACUCACUAGUCGUUGCGCUCCCGGGUGGAUCAAUCGUGCCGCUAGCAUAGGCGUAGCUCUACCUUGCGUUGUACCACGGGAAUGGAUAGCACCCCCCGAUCAUGAUACUGCGGAUGGAGAGCUCCUUGAUGAGGACUUCGAAGAUGAAAGAUCGGCUAUGCUGCGGGGCGAUCAAAGGACACGGCAUAGGAUGUCCGACGAAGAUUCGGAAGACAGGGACAGUGAAGCAGGCCAAGUCGCGGGUAGCAGUAGCAGAGGCGUUGUCAAAUGCUCAAGAGAGUAUCCAAGAUACUCGUCUAGCAACCAUGCACCUAGGCUGGUGUCGGUCAAAGAUACAUCUGGGCGAGAGAUGCCAACGGCGGAGAGGGCGCCAAUGCCUAGCAGAAUAACAUGA